AUGACCCGAUUCUCCAUACCCAAGCAGCUCAACAGAGACUCUCAAACGCCAAGGUUGAACCCGUCCUAUCGUCGGAAUGGCAAGCUCCAGUCGUGUGAACCAUGUCGCAAGGGCAAACUCCGCUGCGACCACAUAAUGCCCGCUUGUGGCAGAUGUACCCGUCGUAACAAGCAGGACCAGUGUGUUUACCAUCCUGCUCCCUUGACUCGUCCUCGCGCUGCUGCUACUCCCCGCGCCUCUGAGCCUGUGCUCAGCCCCCCGCAAACUGCUUCUCCGGACCUGCCAUCUCCCAGUACUGCUCAGCUGGCCUCUCCUUCUACUACUCAAUUGGAUGCCCCCCUGCCCGUCGUCGACGAUGAAUCAAACGACGCAGAGCCCCAAUACACUGCACCGUCGGAUGUACGUCACCAUGCUGGUUUUCUUGGAUCCACCAGCUAUUCCGCCGUCCUGACAGAAAAUGAGGGUAGCCUCGGCAUGAGCCAGGAAGACCAUGACUGUCAUUCCUGCUCUAAUCCAAGGAUCAGUCCUGAAAAUGUCCAGAAAGGUGUCGAGAUACUCAGCCUGCUGAAGGACAUACCCAUCUUCGAGCGCUACAUACAGCGAUGGUACACCGUUACUCAGGGAAUCAUCACCAUUGAACCUAUCAUCAAGCAGUGGAUGACCUCGCUAUCGUCCGAGUACGCCGAGGUGCUCCAAUACCAGGAUGUCGGACAGCUCAGGAAACUGUCCGAGCACAUCUGGCAGAACACUGACCAGAAGCUCCGAAGCGAGAGCGUCAAGACAGCCCGUGAGUGGAUUGACCUGUCGACGGCCCAAAAUCUCCGUUGGGAAGUCGUCGGUAUCAUUCUGUGCCUAGUAGGCGUGGUUGCGACAACUAUGCCAGAAUGGGACCCACUCUUGGCUUUCAAUAAUCGCCGGUACAAGAACAAGAGAAGCUUGAUCGUUGCCAUGUAUCGCGCUUCGGAGACAUGUUUGAAAUUCUGCGAAGAGACAUGUAUCCCAAACGACAUCGGCAUGUGGCUCAUGUACGAGAUCAAUGUCAUGUACCUUUUCCUGCACGGUGACUCCUGCUAUGACAGUUGGCAGAAAUCAGGCCGAAUCAUGAACGCUAUCAUGGCCCUCGGCUGGCAUCAAGAGGUCAACUCGAAAGGCCUGCCGUUUUUCCUUGUCGAAAUUCGAAAGAGGCUUGUUGCAUCAGCUUUCGCUCAUGAUAAAUGGCUAGCUGCCUUCCUCGGUAGGCCGCCUCGUCUCAGCUACCGCUACUGCGUGGUACAGCUUCCCUUGGAUCUCACGGAUCAACAACUAUUAUCGCAUGGGCCAGAUCUUGAGGCCGCCCUCGCAACACUCGACAGCGAGGGGUGGUCGAAAGGCACACGUGUCCAGAGGCGAACUUGGACCAGAGCGUGGGUGCAGUACUGCACAAUUAGGGAAGAUAUUCUGGAGCUAUCCAUCGGUGCACCCGUGGAGAACAUUGUUGACAGAGCAAGAGAAAUCCAGCGCAAGGCACAGCAUACAUGGGACGCGCUACCUACAUAUCUCCGCCAAGACCCGGAACACAUCUGGAACAACCAAAAGCCCCCAAUCGAAUGUCUUUACCUCAUUUUCAUCCAUAUCGAGCACCUCUAUAACGAAUUUCUCCUUCAACGAGCGCUGAUCAAGCGGGCCGGUGCAGACACGAGGGAGCUUCUGCAGGUGGCGGUCAGAUUACUCGCGGACAUCAUCACGGUCGCUGGGAAGCGGGAAGUCCUCGGCGAAUUUCAAGACGCAUACUUAAUGCUCUCAAGCCCAGGUCUCCCAGCCGCAUGUGCUGUUGCAGUCGAGCUUCUUCGACAGGAGCAAUACCCGCACCAGCCAAUAUCCUUCCCACUAAACCGUUCGCAGGCCAUUCAGGACCUCAGUGUAUUUGCAAACGCCCUUGCCUACGUCCCAGCAGAUGAACCUAGCUCGUCGAUAUGUGCACACGGCCGGAAAUUCAUCAGGCGUAUUCUGGACAAGAUCCUAAGCCCGGAAUCACGAAGCGACGUCCACAUGGCCGAGAAUGGAUCGUCCUCGGUGAAUGUUGACUUUUCCAUACCCUUCUCCUGCAAUGAUGCCGAGUUCAUGCCUUGGCUGGAAAGCAUCGAUUGGGACAGCCAGAGCUGGACCAUGUUCAGCUGA